AUGCCUCCAGGGGCCCAGCAAAAUUCAGCCGGCGCCUUUGUGGCGGGUGCGCAAGUCGCUGCUUCGAAUCAGACACUCAACGCGUGGAUGGGCGGUCGUCAGCUGUCAUGGAUGACUUCACAAAAUUCGACGCCGGCUCCGAAAAACCGUCAGAAGGAUUCUAGCCGUGUUGGAGGACCUUCGUCCCGUAUCCAUGGACAACCCUCCUCCAACAACCCUCUGGACUCGAACCCUCCGAAUCACGGCAGCGUCCCCACGCUACAUACAAGACUUACCGAAGCCUCGCCAGAUAGUGCGGUUGAGUCUGGCAAACAAAUACCUGAUUGUGCAGCUGCUCUCCCUUCGCCAGCCCCUACUGACCAACCAAGUCCACCUACAGCAACGUCAAAUCAGCCCUACCAGACCCGAGAUUCAGAAGCCCGAAGCCCUGGCAUAGCCCACAGCCAGACUCCUGGGCAGCGGAGCGUCACAACAGCCAGUCUAGCCAGACUCUCUACACAAGACCAACUAGCGACUGGUCAUCCUCAGACGAGUUUAAAACCUGAUGUCAGGAGCCCUGAUCUGGCCCAGACUGGCCGAGAGCCAUCCAAAGCAGAUAGGCAUUCCGAGUUGAGGUUCGUUCUUAACGAGGAUGAUGGCGGAGCCCGCCUCUCUACGGCAUCUCCAUCUCUUCAAAGCAGAGCCACAAACCAGUCUCCCGUCGUUUCAAAUACUAGACUGCCGAGCACACCCAACCUGUCAUUUAUGCCAGAACUACGGCCCAGCCGAAGUCGCGAUGCAGCUCCUGUAGUCUCGGAUCUUGCCCAACCAUCAGCUGCCCAGCUGGCUUUUCCCCAGCAUAGUUCUGCGGCGCAAAUACCUGGCCAAGGACAUGAAGUCAGGCGGCAGGCCCCCGAACAGUCUCCGUUCAGCCUUAACUUGGACUGUUUACGCCAGCAGGCAAUGUCCAGCCAGCUGGACAAAAUUGUUCAGCUUUGCGGUGGCCCACUAAAUCUUCCUGCCGAUAAUACAACAGGACCUAGGCUCAGGUUACUCAGAGACGCUGUGAAUAGGAGCGAUUACUUCUACAUCGUGCUGCACCAGAUUCUUUGUGUGUGGUCUUUCCGCAAGGAAUGGGUACAUGCCGCCCUUAACCUUGAUCACGCCGUGAUAGAAGGAGCGCUGAAUGUUCUACAAAACACCCUAAGAAAAAACGACAAUAUGCUGCGAGAUCAUACUCUAUUGUUCGCCAAUUUCCCUGAAUCUCCGACCUCAGGCUUGUGGAGAUCUGAGUUUUAUCACAAAUACAUCGGAGACGUCGCUGCAUUUUUACACUGUCUUCAUCACCAGUGGAACAGGGUUUUGAUUCCUAGCAUGAGGCCCAAAACUGGCAGGGGCUAUCCGAUUCUUGCAAGCGAGCUACAUCUUCAGCUAAGGCUUCGGUCUCCUGUCCUUGAACCGGUAUUUUUUACCGUGACACGGAGACAUAUGGGUAUCCCAGAUGGCCCCGUUGCCGAUAAAAUGGCGGAAAUAUUUCAAAAGGAUUUGCAAACCGACUACGCCAAAAUGCCAGAGCGUGAUCAGGGUAGGGCAAGGGUUGAAUUAAUCAACAGAUACAAGCAGCUUGCGUUCGGAGUUCAAUCAUCUCAGACUUCGCCAGUACCGGCCGUGCAGCCGCUUGUUCAGCCAGGCAUCGCUAUGUUACCGACCAUGGGAAGACAGCAACAAAUGGUGGACCCGUCAAGGCAGUUUUCUUCUGGACAUCCUACUAUCCAGAAUGCGGUUACAGGCCAGCUUGCUCCCCGCCCGGCAUUCGGCAUGCGUACUUCUUCAUCUGCUCAGCACUCUAUUGACUACCCAAACAACUUGAUGCCAAUGCCAGCGCAGCUCACACUACGCAGCAAUAAUCACAUUACCUCUGGCGGUGAAAUGCAGACAGCUUUGCAGUCACACAGGAUGCCCAUCCCGGUAAUUGGAGGUUAUUUCAAUCAGCCGAUGACUCCUGCAGGCUCCCCACAUCAUACCAAUGCACAACUACCAAGUAUCUCGAAAAUGAUCCAGACUCCAGGUCAUGUAUCGUCGGUGCUGCAAGCACCUUCUGGGGGCAUUCCAGUACAGUUAGCAACGGUCACUUCACCUACACAGUCGACUGCUGCACCGGGAUUCCAACAUGCCUUCCCUCCCAAUGGUGGUUUCCAAGGACCACAAGCUCAUCCGGGUCAACACGUGCCUCACCAGCAAACUCGGCACGCACACCAGAUACGCCAAGUGAAUCAAGCGAAUCAUCAGCAUCAGGGCCAUGCAAUGGUACCAACAAAUUUCCCCAGUAUGAUGUCGCCUCGGGCACACCAGAUUUCACAACUGCCUGUCUCCCAAAGUAACUUUCAUCAACUUCGGCCAGUUUACGUUGAAAAUAUGCUUCCUCAAGUGCUCUCUGCCUCCCAAGCAAAAUCCGGUCGGCAUAGAACGUCAAGGCCAAAGGGGGCAUUGUUUCGGCCACCACAGCAGCAUAUCCCCCUCGACCAAAUGCCUCACAGUCCUUGGGAACCGAAGGCUUUGGCCAUGGCACUCCACCAAGCGGACGUGCGCAGCCCUAGACGAGUGCCACGAGAACUUCCAUUGAAGGAUGAUCUGUUGCCACGAGAGAGAUACUAUCAAUCAAUCAGAAAUCUUGCAGUAGGCCCAGUUGCAACCAGACCGCGCCAUGAACUGCACCGUUUGGUCUUCACCGUUCCUGAUGGAGAUUUUGACAAGGUUUCCUCGCCUCGGCUUCCGAUAGGCGAGCAGAUUCCCGUCUCGGAAUAUUUCAAUGGAUCCCUACGAUAUCGUCUCCGUUUGUGCGAACUGCCCCUUUGUGAAUCACAGCAACAAACGGUACCGGAAACCAUCUGGGCUGUGGCCCAAACUUACUGGCCUGAUCACAUCUCCAUCAUAGUCAACAACCAAGCCAUGAAAAUUCGCCGAAAACAACACAACGGACAACAUCAGCCGGUGGAACUGACUCCGUUUGUUUCUCGAGGCGUCAAUACCAUAUCAGUCGGUAUAUCACCGCAAUCCUGUGCCCAGAGAAAAGCAAAUACGACUUAUUUCAUGGCGGUUGAGAUCAUUGAAACACUGAACCACCAGAGCAUCCUUGACAUGGUAUUGAAAUCGGGCGUCAUAUCUGCGGACACGACUAGACAGUCCAUUCAAAACCGUUUGAAACCUGUGCGAGGGGAAGACGACGAUGAUGUCGCUGUUGUCGAUAGCGAUCUCAGCAUCGAUCUGGCUGAUCCGUUCAGUUCCACCAUUUUCAGGGUUCCGGUUCGUGGCGUAACAUGCACGCACAUGGAAUGCUUUGAUCUGGGUUAUUGGUUGCAAACGAGGCCAGCUAAGCCAGUAUGCACAUUACAUUCAUCUGGUGAUGCUUGCCGCCGCGGUUGCAGCAAUUCUGACAUGGGCCCUGAGCCAUCUUUGGUGGACAAAUGGAAAUGCCCCCUCUGCGACGGGGAUGCUCGACCUUACAGCCUUCGGAUGGAUAGUUUCAUGGCAGACGUUCGGACGAAGCUCGAGAAAGACGGAAACCUCAACACGAAAACAAUAUAUGUAGCAGCUGAUGGGACAUGGAGGCCCAAGGUUGAAGAGGCAAGUGACGAGGAUGAGGAUGAGGAUGAUGAGGAAGGCGAUGAAAUGCCCCCAGCAAAGCGAAACAAGACCGGCCCGCUACAUCCAGAGACGACAGCGGUGGAAAUCAUUGAACUGGAUUGA